AUGCCGGAGCUGGUCACAUCGUCUGGUAUUCCAUCCCAGGUUUCAGCCUCCAGCACCCCCUCCAAUACAGUCACGGAUCACUCAUAUAUGUCUUCGAACACGAAUGCAACGGGUGAACCAUCAGCGCCGGCGAGUAAUCAUGACAUGCCUGGCUCACAAGUAGGCUCGAUCAGACUUCACCAUCCCACCACACUCGCCGCUAACCAAACUAGUUCAAGACCCGAGGUCGAACAGCCAUCUUUGGUCCUUCACGCCAUCGACGAGGGCGAUUCAUCAGCCCCGAAUCUUCACCCAGUCUCGUCUCGGUACCAACCCGAGGAGCUCUUUUCUCCCUUGAAUGAGACGGAUCUUGAAUGGACGUGUGCCGGAGGGUUUGCAACGGAGACCCAGACCUUUUACCAGAUUCUCAACGAUGGCCGCUUCCUGAUGUGCCAAGUCAUUCAUUCUAGCACUGGACUCUGGUACCCAACAGUUCAGUUUACAUUCAAAUUGUACAACCCCGCGACGAAAGAGGUCACUUGGAGAUCCAGCAGUGUUAGUAAUUUCGUGACACCUCCGCCUGGACAGGACAAGCGGUCGUGCAAGUCGGACACCUUUAGUAUCGUCUACCGCCCAUCGUCGUCAGAUCCAGAUCAUUCGGAGAAUUACACCGUCACCGCAAAGGUAUCGGACGACAUCUCCGUCUCGCUCAUCGUCACGCGCCCAAAUCACGCGCCGAGUGUCAAGAUUGGUAGCCUGCCUAAGGGUGGCUACACGUACUUUGGCACGAAUAUGGACAACGCCGAUGGAUAUGUCGUUCACCGCUUCUGGCCUCAGACAAAGGUGUCUGGACAUAUCACGUUUGGCUCGGCUGGGGGCGCAGCCGGUUCCGCAGGUCGUAUCGAACAGUUUACCGGGUUCGGCAUGCUUGUUCAUGCUAUCCAGGGGAUGCGACCCAAUCUCAUCGCCAGGAGGUGGAACUUUUGCUGGUUCACGGGUCAUAUCCCCGACAGCGACAAGCGGGUCAGUGCGAUCAUGAUGGAAUUUACGACGACGGAGAGUCAUGGACGCAAGAAGGGAGGUGAAGGUGGGGUUGUCGUCAACGUUGGCUGUGUUAGCGUUGGCGAGCGUGUCGCUGCCACGGCGGAGACAAAGUGGCCCGAUGCGCCUCGCAUUCAGAACGCACCCGUCAUCUCUCGAGCGACUCACCUCGAGACAGUAUUGGACAAGGACACUGGUUACAUGCAGCCACAGAAGAUUGAGUUUUCGUGGCAGAAUGUCAUUGCGCAGGACAAGGAGCACAAGUUCAAGGCGGACUUGCUCUUAGACGUCGGCUUUGGGGAACAUAGCAAGGGUUUGAUCGAAAAGGUCGACGUGUUAGCCGAGAUUCCCAAGGUGCUGAAGACAAUUGUUCACGCGACAGGUACCAAGCCGUACAUCUACCAGGCAAGUCUCUUUGGGUACUGGAUGCAGCCAAAUGCUGUUCUCCACCUUCACGGCCCCGAGGGAUUCUUCCACCGCGAUAAGGAGAUUGACGUUGAGGGGACUGCCUAUGUCGAGGCGAGCUACGUCUCCUGA